AUGAGUUUAAUUACGCGUAAGCUGGAGCUGGUGGCUCUGCCGGCAUUGCUGUUAGUGCUGCUUCUGUCCGUUCAGGUUAACUACAGUUUGCAGUAUGACUCUGCCGAGGCCCGCUACUAUCCAACAAGUCCGGUGGAGUCGAAUCUGCGGUACGAUGCCCCAGAUGAUUGUAAAUAUCGGAUCACGCCGGAUGACGAGGUGGAACUGGUGUGCAAUCUGCGAACCGUGAAUAGUGAGUUUGAUAAUACGAAUUUUAGUGUGAUACCAUCGGAGCAUACGGCAUCGCUGGCGGUGAUUUGCAAUGAAGCGAUAAUGGCCCGUAGCAAACUGCAGGCUAGGUCCUUUGUCCAUUUGGUUCGGCUUAAGGCCCUCUCGCUGGAGUACUGCAAGAUUGCCAAGUUCGAAAAUGAAGUACUGGCCGGAUUGAAUGACCUAAGGAAUUUUACCCUGCGAACGCAUAAUAUCAACUGGCCAGAGCUGAAUUUGGAAAUCGAGCCGGAGGUUUUUGCAUCUACCAAGAGCUUGGAACAAUUGGAUUUAAGCAUGAACAAUAUCUGGUCACUGCCUGAUCAUUUGUUUUGUUCGCUGAGUGGCUUACGGUCGUUGAAUAUCAGCUCGAAUCGACUGCAGGAUGUUAACGAUUUGGGCUUCCGAGAGAAACCGGUGGUGAAGGAGGAAAACGGAACCCAUAAUGGAAGUUCGAUGAGCUGCAAUUUGGACUUGGAAGAUUUGGAUGUAUCCAAGAACCACUUCGUUCUUCUUCCAGCUAGUGGUUUUGGUAUGCUGAAAAGACUGAAGCUGCUAAAAAUUCACGAUAACGAGAUUUCGAUGGUAGGCGAUAAGGCUCUGAAUGGUCUGAAAGAGUUGCAAAUAUUAGAUUUGAGUUCAAAUAAAAUUGUUGCUCUACCAACUGAUCUGUUCAAAGAUCCAGCCCAGUCGAUUCAGGAGAUUUAUCUACAGAACAAUUCCAUCAGCGUUCUUUCUCCAGGGCUAUUCUCCAAGCUGGAGCAGUUGCAAGCUUUAGACCUGUCGGUGAAUCAGCUGACAUCGGCAUGGGUCAACCGAGACACCUUCUCCGGUUUGAUUCGACUGGUGCUGCUGAACCUAGCCAACAACAAAAUCACCAAACUGGAAUCGGAAAUCUUUUCCGAUCUGUACACUCUGCAAAUUCUGAACCUUCGACACAAUCAAUUGGAGAUUAUUGCUGCCGACACGUUUUCUCCUAUGAAUAAUCUGCAUACGUUGCUGCUGUCACAUAACAAAGUCAAAUAUUUGGACGCAUAUUCAUUGAACGGUUUAUACGCCCUCUCGUUGCUGUCUUUGGAUAACAAUGUUUUAACCGGUGUCCAUCCGGAGGCUUUCCGUAACUGCAGUUCCUUACAAGAUUUAAACCUCAACGGAAAUGAGUUGACACAAGUUCCACUGGCACUGAAAGAUAUGCGACUAUUGCGAACCGUAGAUCUAGGUGAGAAUUCAAUAAGCGUGAUUGAAGAGCCAGGAUUCCGUGGAAUGAACAACCUUUACGGGCUGCGGCUCAUCAGCAACAACAUUGAAAACAUCACCCGUAAAGCGUUCAAAGAUUUGCCCAGUCUGCAGAUUUUAAAUUUGGCUCGCAAUAAAAUUCAAUUUAUCGAGAAAGGUGCUUUCGAACCGGCCGUGAGCGUGCAGGCUAUCCGUUUGGAUGGCAAUUUGUUGGCCGAUAUUGAUGGACUAUUUACGGCAAUGCCAAAUCUGGUGUGGUUGAAUAUAUCCGACAAUAGGCUAGAGCAGUUUGAUUACUCACAAAUUCCGGCCCACCUGCAAUGGCUGGAUUUGCAUAAGAACGAGCUGACCGAACUGGGCAACCGGUAUGGGUUGGAUAAUCAGUUGUUCCUGCAGACGUUGGACGCUAGUUUCAAUCGAUUGACGAAAGUAACACCGUCUUCGAUUCCGAAUUCCAUCGAGUUUCUGUUCAUGAACGAUAAUCAGAUUGUGCACGUGGAACAGCAUAGUUUUAUCCAUAAGACCAACCUAACGCGGGUGGAUCUGUACGCCAAUCAGCUGACUGGGUUGGAAAUUAAAGCGCUGAGACUGCAGCCGGUUCCGGACGAUAAGCAACUGCCGGAGUUUUACAUCGGUGGGAAUCCGUUCGUGUGUGAUUGCAACAUCGAUUGGCUGCAGAAGAUAAACCACGUUACCUCGCGCCAAUAUCCAACGAUCAACGACAUUGAGACGGUAUACUGCAAGCUAAUGUACAACCGGGAACGCGCCUUUAUUCCGCUGAUUGAAGCGGAACCGAAACAUUUCCUCUGCAGCUACAACACGCACUGUUUCGCGCUGUGUCACUGUUGUGAGUUUGAUGCAUGCGACUGUGAAAUGACGUGCCCGAACAACUGCCAGUGCUAUAACGACAACACCUGGUCGACGAAUAUCGUAGAAUGCUCGGCAGCUGGCUACACCGACAUUCCGAGCAAUAUCCCGAUGGAUACGACCGAGGUGUAUAUCGAUGGAAAUAAUUUGGUGGAAUUGUCCGGACAUAGUUUUAUUGGGAGGAAAAAUCUUAAAGUUCUGUACGUGAAUCAUUCCAAUAUUGAGAUUAUUUACAAUACGACAUUCAUCGGGCUGAGGAAGCUGACGAUUCUGCACUUGGAGUAUAACAAUAUUCAGAAAUUGUAUGGAAAUGAGUUCAGUGCGUUGGAAAAUUUGCGAGAGCUGUACUUACAAGGAAAUAAGAUAUCAUAUAUUGAAGAUCAUACGUUUGCCGAGUUGCGAAAACUAGAAGUGCUCCGAUUGGACGGUAAUAGAAUCAACAGUUUCGAAGUUUGGCAGUUGGCAUCGAAUCCUUACUUGGUGGAGAUUGCGUUGGCCAACAACAUGUGGACAUGCGAUUGCGGAUUUUUGAACAAAUUAAGGAUUUAUCUGCAGUCGAAUACGGAAAAGAUCAUUGAUGCCAAUGAGAUUAGUUGCGUUUACAAUAACCUGACGAGUAUUUUGAAGGAGAAAAAUGGAACGAAAUGUACCUUCCGUGGAGAGGGAAUGAGUUCGAUUGUACACACACAGGAGAUCGAGGAUAUGCUCCCGCUGCUGUUGGUGGCAACCUGUGCAUUUGUCGGCUUUUUCGGAUUGAUUUUUGGAAUGUUCUGCUAUCGAAAGGAACUGAAGGUGUGGGCUCAUAGCAGCUGCUUUGGAUCGCUGUGCUACAAGUCCGGUACGUUCGUCAAUGAAUUCGACAAGGACAGACUGUAUGAUGCGUAUAUUAUCAACUCACUGCAGGAUGAACAUUUCGUCAAUCAGAUUCUAGCAUCAACAUUGGAGAACGAUAUUGGAUUCCGACUGUGUUUGCACUACAGAGAUUUCAAUAUCAACACUUACAUUGCCGAUACGAUCGUUGAAGCGGUGGAGAGUUCCAAACGUGCCAUCUUAGUGCUAUCGAAAAAUUUCCUGUACAACGAGUGGACUCGAUUCGAGUUCAAAGGAGCGAUCCAUGAGGUGCUGAAACGACGAAGGAAGUUGAUCAUCAUUCUUUACGGAGAUCUUCCACAGCGAGAUUUAGACGCUGAUAUGCGUUUGUACUUGCGAACGAAUACCUGCAUCGAGUGGGACGACAAAAAGUUCUGGCAGAAGCUAAGGAUUGCCCUACCACACGUGAAAAAGAGCAACUGUUUGAACAAACGUUCGGCGAUCAACAUUUAUGCAACAGCCAACGAGUACAACACUGCUGGCCGAUCGCGAAUGACGGGAGCUGGAACUCUGCCGGCUCCGGGUCCUGCGAGGCUAGAAAGCCACAGCUACGCUACCAUAGGAGGCAACUGCCCGAGAAACUGUGAUAAUUAUGAUACGGUUAGUAAUUGUAAAUAUAACACAACGCAGCACGAUAGGCGGUUGAACGAUUUCAGCCGAAAGGUGACGGCGGAGAGACAACACGAAUACGCGGUUCCUUCCAACUGUCUGCUGGACACGACGCACGAAACGUACAACACCAGCUGCGAGCGGAUCGCAGGGGAAACGUUCGAGUGCACCUCCAGCAGCAAAUAUUCGACGUCGUCGCGGGGUUCGAGUGAAUGUUCGCACUCGAUCACACCAACCCACGGCUACGGUGGACAUUCGGCCGGUGCUGCGAUGGGUGGUCCAUCGUUAGCGAACGGUGGCCCGCCAAAUAUCCUGUCCACUAACUUCAUGGGUAAGGCUGAUCCUGGCGGCGGCGCUUACAACAGUACCAGUGCUUCUAACAAUUUGACUAGUAGUAGUUACAAUAGCAGUAGGAAACCGAACAAUUGCGUUAAUGGAUGCAAUGACAGUAGUGUUGGUGGGGGUGGUGGUAGCAAAGGUGAUAAAUCCAACUCGAACACGAUUGGAGACAAGAAUAAUUUCAAUGAUAGAAGACUGCCACAGGCGAUGUGGGCAUAA